GCUAGCUAGUAAAUAUAGAAUAGCUAGAAAAUACUAGCUAGAUAUCGGGCUUUUGGCCGGACCAAAGACAUGAAGAAAUUCAAGAGACGAUGGAGAGUAAUUUCUGCUCUUUAAACGACUCCGAAGACCUUAGUAUUUUAAUAUCAGAUCCUGAUGAGAGGUUGCGGAUUGAAAGGACCAAGACUCUGUUUGAGGAGAUCCGGGCUUCCCUCAAUAACAAUGAUGAAGAGGACCGAUCUUUCUGGAGGCCCGUGUUGCCUUGGGGGGGUGUGUACACCAUCCGGGCCGGACGCAAGGCUAUCUCCUGCAUCCCCUUGUACGUGAAGGUCAAUCUGAAGAACACCUGCACCAUCGAUGGCUUCCUCAUGCUCCUGUAUGUCAUCUUGCGGGACAACCAGACCUUCCCCCGGGAGGUGGGAGUGUUCUUGGGCCGGGAGUUUGUGGAGCACUUCCUCUAUCUCAUGGACUCUUACGACUACACCACUGUCAAGAUGCUGUGGAUCUUGGACCGUAUGUCCAAGCAGCAGUACCGCUCGGCCAUCCACCAGUCUGCCCUGGAGAUCGACCUGUUCGGCAACGAGCACGAGAACUUCACCAAGAACCUUGAGGACAUCAUGUCCACCAUCCAAGAGAGCCUGUGCACUAACUGGGGUUGUCCGGCCCGCUUUCAGGAGUUCCUCAAAAAGACCAUUAACAUCAACCCUCCUCAUGAGCUACCUCAUAGAGACCCUAUCCAGUCUGCAGUGGACCAGUUCUUCUGCACCAAAAUUGUGCUUUGCCAAGAGUUUGGCUGCAAUGGGCUCCGGGAGUUCUCCCAGAGGGUUUUCUGCCACGGACCCCCUCCGUUCAUCAUACUCAACAUGCAGCUGUGGAAGUCAGAGGAGUUGUCCUAUGUGCCCUACCAUCUGGCUUUGUCCCAGCACAGGUACUCCCUAGAGGGCGCCACACUCUUCAACAAGGAGGAGCACCACUAUUCUGCGGCCUUUCAGAUUGACGGCUCCUGGAUGCACUACGACGGCCUCCGCAGCGACAACCUCAUCCUGCUCAACAAGCCACCUGAGCUCCUGUUGCUCUCUUCUCUUGUCUAUGUCCGUUGCUCUGACAACAAGUGAGCUGCCGUGGCCACGGGGAUUGGGGUUGCAGGUCGCAGGACUGGAAAACGGGCUCACCCGGAUUACAGGUGUUGCAGAAUUUGAUCAUAGAUCAGUUUGCCAACCACUGCCACAACUACAAUGGCUUUUAGCACAGAGCAGGGCAUUAAGGAACGUUUCUCCAAGUGUCAGAUUGAAAGAUGUUUGAGAGGCCUUGUUUCUUCUUUGCUUCACUUGGCAUUAUUCUUGCAUUUUUUCCCUCUUCUUGAUCUUAUUUCUUCAGAUUGUCAUUAAUUGUGUUUCCUAAUGUGUCUUUUCCUAAUUUGUCUGCUCAUGAGGUAACAUAGUUAGCACUGGCUAUCUCUGCUAAGCUGUUGCUGAUGAGCUGUUCCUAUUUAUUAUGAAAUGUUGACAAUUCUGUGAUUCUUUCCUAUUUGCGGUCUUAGAUUUGUCUAAGAUGCUUCUUUAAUUGGCCAUGGAGAAUUGAAAAUGUUUCUCUUUUUGGUUUGCAUGCUUGGAAUCCAAGAAAUGCAUAUUAUGGACUAUAAUAGUUCUGGGCUGUGAAGUAGAGGCUGAAUGGGGAAAACAUUGUGAAAAAAAAGCUCAGAAUAUUGAUAAAACAUCUUCAAGUUUGUGGGUUUUUCCUCUAUGGGUUUUAAGCAAUAUGCUCAUUUUAUUUGUAUCCAUUUUCUCAAACACAAACAUGUUCUGCUAUACUUGGGAAUAUGGGAUACAUUGUUGUUUAUUCUUUGAAAUCAUUUGAUUUGAACAAGGCAUAGGAGGUGAUUGAAUGCUUUUGGAGACAUGUUCGAAAGUUAGACGUCAACUGGUGCUCCCCCCCCCCCCCCCCCCUCAUGUGCCAUUGAUUUACUAUAAUACACCAAUAUUAUUGUAGGCACUCAUUGAUAACUGCCAUCCUAUCUGACUGUUGCUCUGACUUUUCCAGAGGACAUCUUGAAGUUUAGCAUGAGCCUGUAUAUCACUAAAGAAAUACCUUCUAAUGUUACAAGGAUCACAAAAAUUGAGGCCCAUUUCACAGCACAUAAGCCUGUCAGUGAGUGCCAAACCUACCACUUACGUGGACACAUGGUUGAUGUGUAUUGACGCAGGAUUUGAACACUUCAGGCAUACAGUCUACAUUGCCUAAGUCACAUGAUUGUUAUACAGUAGUUUUGUUGCUCAUAUUCACUUGGUAGGAAGGGAAAGCAAGUGCUAUUUGCAGAUGGCGUCCACAACUUCAAGUUAUGCCAAUUCUUACGUAUUUGCAAGGCUUCCACUGUUAUAUUGAAAGUUGUUUAUUUUGCCUGUAUCAGCUUUCACAAUUGUACCAAGAUGUGUGUUGCCUAGGGAUUGUUUUUCAUAAAAUAAUAAUCAAAAACCUUUGCUACAAUAUCUAUCUUAUGCAUUAUCAUGAUGCAAAUGUCCAGUGCUAAGUUAGUGACCUCAUAUACUCUAACGCCAAAAGUUUUAGGCAAAAAAACUGAAAAGUUAUCCAGUGAUUUCAAAACAAAAUAUGGCUUAAAAAAUAAUAAUUAAAAAAAGCCUGACACAGUCACUCACAGCUCUUGAUAUGAUGACUUGUCCCAUCACAUCUACUGCUGAUCCAAUCUCAUGACCCUUUUUUUUGCUUUGUAAUGAAAACGUACAGAUUUACAGUCUCUACCUUUGUUGUCUCAGAGGCAAAACUUAAGUGUUUAACUAUGCAGCCUUUGUUUUUAAUACUACAAUUUGUUUUUUUAAAGCAAUAAAAUAUUUUUGUACACUACAGUCAGUUGCCUUUUUUUUAAGAGGUUGUAUUCGGCAAUGGGUUAUUGCAUGUGAGAAACUGGAUUAAAAUGAACUGU